AUGGACGAGGGCUUGUCAGACCGCCCGCGGGCGUCGGACGAGAUCAACAGUCUCAAGGCGCGUCUCCAUGCGAGCCUCGUGGGCGCAACGCCUAGCCCGUAUGUGGUCAAGGCCAACUUGGCGCUGAAGAAGUCCGAGUGCUGGCAGCGCUUUGGCCACGUGUACCAUCGAUCGGCGCCCGACGACCUGGUGAAGCUCCACGACACGGCCUUUGUCGCUUGCUACGUGUGCCACACGGUCUACUCGUUCAAGAGCAAAAAUGGCACGACGACGAUCAUGGCGCACCGCUGCCCGCACGAGCGCAAGCCUCGACCGAUCGAGCCGCCGCAGCGCAAGAUGAAGAACCCGGAGCUCGACGCGCUCAAGAAGGACAUCCACAACGCGCUCGUGACAGGCGACGAGGCGCGCGGGUACACGCUGCAGGAUAACCCGAACGGCAUCAAGUCGGGCUGCUGGAAGAAGUUUGGUCACGUGUUUCUGAAUGCGACGCCACUGCGCGCGUUCGACUCGAGCUUCGUCGCUUGCCGUGACUGCUUCGUCGUGUACCAGUACAAGGUGCGCAACGGCACGUCCACGAUGACGACGCACACGUGCGACGACGACGCCUUGGCCCGCGCCCGCGCAUCGCAGCGCCGACCCCAAGUCGCCUCGCUCGGAUCGACCAAGCGCGCCCGAAUCGAUACGCUUGACGAUGACGACGACAAGCAAGCCAUAAGCACGCGGCUUGUCCAAGCAGGCUCUCCGUACGCGCUCUUGCCCCACCCAAACGAGCGCAAAGCACCGAUCUGGCAGCGAUUCGGCUUUGUCUAUCGGCACGGCGAGCUCGUCGUCGACUCCGAGCAUCUCGGCCGCUAUUACGUCGGCUGCUACGCGUGCAAAGCGCUCUUCAGCUACGCGCUGGGUGGCUCGACGGCCUCGCUGUCAGAGCACACGUGCGGUCAACCGUUGGAGCUGCUUCAAGAUGCGUUUGUACACGCGUUUCUCCACAGCUGCUGCGAGAGCGGUCUCGACCUCGACCUUCUUGGUCGCGAGAGCUUUCAGCAAUUUCUGCAAGCGACGAUCGAGCUCGGGCGCACGCUUGUCCGCGUCAAGAUGCAGUCGCUCGUGGAGAUGACGCGCGCCGUUCUCUCGGCGCGGCUCGCCAUGGUCGUUCAAGACGGCGUCACCUUUGGCCUCUCGGUGCGUCCGAUGCGGAUCCACGUCACCGACACCACGUCGAUCGUUAUCGCCGUGCACUACAUUGAUGCUGACUUUGCGCUCCACGACCGCGUUCUGGAUGUCCAACCACUGCAGGACGGCGGCGCUUUUGCUGUGCACAAGACACUCGCGUCGUACAACCUGAGCCUCUCGACCCACCCCGAUACGACGGUCUGUGCACCGAGCUGCAGUCGCACGCCGCCACUCGAAGCCACCGCCAACCAACUCGCGUGCCCGAUCAAUGAGCUCGACGCCGUGCUAACCCACCUCCUCAACGCCGACACGUGGUACGAUAUUGCGCGCGCGUAG